AUGAAACGUCAUUUGAUUUAUCAGUAUUUUCCGAUGCUGUAUAUGGUGCUGGCAGUAUCCUGUGAAAGCUAUUAUUCAAUAAAUGGUCCCGGUGUAAUUAAAUCAAAUCGUAAAUAUACGAUGGUUGUUUCUUUGCACGAGGCCAAUGAGCCGUGUUCAUUGCGUGUUGGUAUUGAGGGGCCCAGUUUCAAUGAGUCCAAAGAUGUUAAUUUACAACCAUAUGAAUCAAAACUAAUAGAGUUUUUGCCAAAAAAAUUAAUGCAAGGAGAUUACAAGUUAAAAGUUGAAGGCUUAUCAGGUUUGAGAUUUAAAAACGAAAGUCGUUUAAAUGUUGAACCAAAUUAUGGUCCAAAAAUUUACAUACAAACCGACAAGGCCAUCUAUAAACCUCAAGAUUUGGUUAAAUUUAGAGUUGUAUUAUUGGAUGAACAUACAAGGCCGUUAAAUAUUGAUGAACCUGUAGCUGUGGAUAUAUUGGAUACAGUUGAUAAUCGUGUUAAGCAAUUUAGCAACAUCUCCCUUACAAAUGGUGUUUAUACCGGAGAAUUCAAAUUAUGUAAAUAUCCGGCCUUAGGACUGUGGACUAUUAAAGCUGUUCUAGGUGGAAGAUAUGCUUACUCCAACUAUAAAAACAUUAAAAUACGCAACUAUGUUCUGCCAAAAUUCAGUGUGUACCUAAAAACUCCUUCGGAUAUUGUUUUGGAAGAUGGCUACAUUAAGGUUGUCAUCUUUGGGAAAUAUACAUUUGAUAGACAUGUGGAGGGUAAUGCCACAGUUGAAUUGCGUAGGAUUUACGACAGUAUGCUGUUACAAGCCAAUCAUAUUGACAUAGAAAAUUUAGGUUUUGUCGAGUUCAAUAUUAAAGAUGAAAAGGGUGUAAAGGAUGUCUACAGUCUAACCAUCAACGCCAAACUCACUGACAAGCACACGGGGACAACUGAAUCGGAAAAGAAAAUUAUAUCUUUGCGUAGGCAACAUUAUAAUUUGGAUAUUCCUUAUGAAGCGAUAGAAUUUGAAAAUAACAAGCCAUAUCGCCUGAAUGUUUAUGUAAAACAUUGGACUGGAGCUGCUGUUUUGGAUCACAAGACGCCAGUUACCAUGGAACAUGGCGAUGUUGUGUAUGAAGCAUUUUUGGAUGAAAAUGGUGUUGCCACUUUUGAGUUUGAACACGUUAAAAAUGCAAAUCAUAAAUUCCAAUUUAAAGAUUCCAAGGAAAUGUUACCUAAUAUCUAUGUUAGCGACAAUUUAAUGUUGAACAAUAGGGAAUUCUAUUGUCGCCUAAAGUUGUUGGAUGAAAAGCCAAAACUCGGGAAACCCGUACUCAUUGAGGUGAGUUCUAUUGUCAACAUUCCUUACCUGAUGUACACGGUGAUGGGGCAUGCCAGUCUCAUACAUUCGGAGCAUAUUGAAAUACCUCCCAAUCAAAAGUCCCACAUCAUAAGCAUAACACCCUCAAUUGAGAUGAUACCGCAGUCCUUCAUUUAUGUGUAUUACGUUCACAAAGGCAAUUUACGUUAUGAAGAAAUGCGUUUAAGUUUUCCAUAUGAAUUUGAAAAUCAGAUUUCACUGUCAGCUCCCAAACAAGUGAAACCGGGCGAAGAAGUCACAAUUACUCUAAACGCAAAACCCAGAUCGUUUGUCAGUAUCUUGGCGGUAGAUUUAGGUGUAUAUUUAUUAGAUAAUUCAUACGAUUUGAAGAAGCAUACCAUAUUAAGAGAAUUGAAUAAUGAAGUAUCACAUAGUCCCAUUGUGGCUUCGGUAUAUCCUGGGUUACUCUCAGGUCUGCUGACCUUAACCAAUGCUAACUAUCCAUUUGAAAAUGUUCUGGGUCCUUUACCCCCCAAAGCGGUUCUGCCACAUUUAUAUCGUUUUCGUCAAAAAUUUCCGGAAACCUGGAUAUUUGAUGAUUUUGUAAUCAAUGAAACUGUCACCAAAUUAACUCUUCCAAUUCCCGACGUUAUAACCACUUGGCGCAUAACUGCAUUUUCAAAUCACGAUGUCACCGGAUUUGGUAUAGUAAAUGGACCCACAGAUAUCACCACCAUACAAUCUUUCUUCAUAUCACUAAAUUUGCCAUAUUCAGUGAAACGUGGUGAAAUUGUCUCAAUACCCGUAACAAUAUUCAAUUAUCUCAAUCAGACUGUAGACGCAGAACUUGUUUUAUAUAAUAAUGAGCAGGAGUUCUAUUUCAUGGAAUCAACAAUAAAAGGAGUGGAAAAAUCAAAUGAAGACCAAAAACAAACGAAACUAAUUACUGUACCGGCAGAUAAGGCCAAAACGGUGAAAUUUCUCAUAUAUCCCAUACAAGCGGGUGAAAUAAGUCUGAGAGUUAUAGCCUCAAGUUCUUUGUAUUCAGAUGCUGUUUUACAGAAACUUAAAGUUGAACCAGAAGGUGUACCCAAACAACAAACUCAGGCUUUAUAUCUAAGUAUUCCCCAAGAAGAGCAAAUAUCCUCAUCCUUUAGCAUCGAAGAGCCAGUAGAUAGUGUACCCGAUUCUGAGUAUAUUACCUUUUCUGUGGGUGGUCAUUAUUUAGUGCCCACAGUGGAGAAUUUCCAUGAUCUAAUACAAAUGCCCACUGGUUGUGGUGAGCAAAAUAUGGUGAAUUUUGCUCCCAGUAUCUUAAUUUUGCAAUAUCUUAAAGCAAAUGGAAAGUUGUCCAAAGAGAAGGGUUUGGUGGAAAGUCUACGCUCCUCGAUGGAAGUUGCCUACCAACAACAGUUGUCAUUUCGUCAUGACAAUGGUGGUUAUAGCGUCUUUGGCAUGGGAACCGAUGAGGAGCCCAGUACUUGGCUGACCGCCUAUGUGGUGCGUUACUUUAUUAAAGCUUCUCAAUUCUUGGAGAUCGAGGAGAAAAUAAUUGAAUCUGCUUUGGAGUAUUUGGCCGGCCAGCAAAAAUCAAGUGGGGAGUUUAAUUUCUCGGGUUAUUUAUUAAAUCCAAAUCAUAAAAACGAAUAUGGACUAACAGCAUUUAUACUGCUGGCAUUUUUGGAGAACGAAAAAUACGCCACCAAAUAUCAAACCACCUUACAAAAUGGAGUAGAAUUUUUAAAUUCUAAUUUAGAUAAAAUCAACGAUAUUUACGCAUUAUCCUUGGCAGCAACUGUUAUAAAACGUGAUAAGCAUCCAAAUGCCUCAACUCUUAUAAAUCAAUUAAGAUCGCAGUGUAAAGAAGAGAAUGGCCUCAUGUGGUGGUCAGGAAAUGAUCAUAACUUGGCCAACGAUAUAGAAAUUACUGCAUACGCUGCAAUGUCACUGCUGGACACUCCAGGAGACCAUACUUCAAUCCUAAAAUGGCUGAUAGAACAACGUAAUGCUAAUGGAGGCUUUACAUCAUCUUACGAUACUGUAGUGGGCAUGGAGGCUUUAGUGAAAUUUUCGGAAAUUUAUAAAAAUCUUAAAAAUGUAGAUUUAAAAAUUUCCUAUAGUGCCAAAGAUCAGGAGGGCACUGAAGUGGCAAAAGAAGAAUUAUAUGUGAACACGAAUAAUAUUUCAGAUUUGCAAAAACAUGAGUUACCUAAAACCACUCGCAAAAUUACUUUCGAAAUACAGGGCAAUGGGGCCUUUUUGGUACAACUCAAUCAACAAUAUAACAUUAUGAAUGAGCAAGAUUUUCAAUAUUUUAACAUAAAACCCAAAACAAUUUUUAAAAAUGACGAAGAAAUUAAUUUGGAAGUUUGUUUCACUUACCAAACUGAUUCUGACACUCUCAAUGAAGCCACCAACAUGGUCAUUAUGGAAGCAAAUUUACCCUCUGGUUUCACAUCGGAAGCAGAAAAUAGUAUGUCUUUAAAAGCAAACAAACUUGUGCAGAGAAUCGAGUCUAAAAAUUCUGAAUCAACGAUUGUUUUAUAUUUGGAUAAAUUGGAUCCAAAUAUUAACCAUUGCAUAGAAAUUCCAGCAGAUAAAAAGAAUGAAAUAUUAAUGCCGAAACCAGCAGCCAUUAUAAUGUACGAUUAUUACAAUUUGAGUCGUUCAAAUACGAAAUUUUACAGUUUACAAAUAAAGAAUUAA